ACUAAUGAGUGAUAAUCGAUAACUCGUUAGUUCUAGGGAUUCAGUUUUCGCAGCUAUCCGCAUACUCAUGAUGUACAACACUGCGGGCAGAAAGUUCAGUGGUUUGAGAGUCUUUGCUCUUGUGCUGCUUGUGAUCGCAACCCCGCAAGGAAGACAAAUUUACGAUAGAGCUAAAGCCGUAGAGGCGCAACGUGGCAUUAAAACCUUCACCUGGGACGCUGUAGAAGAUAACGACCAUGAAAUCCACCAAGAAGAUGAGGACGAGGAACACGACGAAGAUUCUUUGGACUUAGCUUUUGAAAAGAGAUCAGGCUCCAACAGUUGUCAUUGUUCGGUUUUAAACGACGCCAUUUCAAACAAAUUGUUCGAACCCAACAUUCUAGAUAAGAUAUGUCGGGAAGUUUUUUUGGGUUGCAUAUGCCAGACCGACCCGGCUGGAAACUGCAGUGUGUGUGUUAACGAAUCAAAAGGGAAAAAAAGGCAGAAAAAACUGUGAUUAGUUAAGGUUCUAAAC